AUGGCAACAAACCAGCUGGAUUCAGACUCCCAGUUUGGGAGUGGAGAGGAAUGGUCUUCUUCGAUUCCAUCGUCACCUGGACCGUCGCCCGAGUCGUCGUCUCCGACAACGCCAGUAUCAUGUAGCCCAUGCUUAGCAGCCAAACCAGAAACGGAUCCAGAUUUCCAAGAGGCUAUCUUGGAUGCUACUUUGAGUUACGACUUUACUUCGCUUCCUCCUAUCCCGAAGGCUGAGGCCAUACAGCCGUUAGCUUCCGACGCCCAAACUCCAGACAACUGGGUUGCACGAGAUAGCCGGAUGAUCCGACUCACGGGGAAACAUCCGUGCAAUGUCGAGGCCCCCUUGUCCGCCCUGUUCAGAGCCGGAUUCCUGACACCUCAAAAUCUAUUUUAUGUGCGCAGUCAUGGGGAUACACCGAGGUUCAGCCCAAAACAAGCGCAGGAAUGGAAACUCCGAGUCCAUGGGCUUGUCGAAAACGAGUUCGAAUUCUCUAUUCAGGAGCUGAAGGAGAGGUUCCCGGUUGUCACGCUCCCUGUCACUCUUGUCUGCGCUGGCAACCGUCGAAAGGAGCAGAAUAUGGUGGUCAAGGGACUUGGGUUCAAUUGGGGUGCAGCAGGUGUAUCAACCGGUCUGUUUACUGGCGUCUACCUGGCUGACAUCCUCGACUACUGCAAGCCCAAACAUCCCCUUCUCUCCGCAUAUCCCUCUUAUGACAAACCUGUUACUGGACGUGCGCGCCACGUUGUUUUUGAGGGUGCGGAUGAGUUACCCAAGGGCAAAUAUGGUACAUCACAGAGGCUCAGCUGGGCAUUGGACCGCAGCAAGGGCAUGCUGAUCUCUUGGGGUCUCAAUGGUGAAGAUCUUUCUCCCGACCACGGUUAUCCUCUGCGAUUGGUUGUGCCAGGCCAGAUCGGUGGACGUAUGGUGAAGUGGCUUCAACGGAUCGAGGUCUCGGAUCGCGAGAGUCAGCAUUAUUUACACUUCUUCGAUAACAAGCUUUUACCCACCAUGGUAACGGCCGACCAGGCCAGAAGCGAAGAUAAAUGGUGGUACGAUCCCAAAUACAUCAUCAAUGAGCUCAACGUGAACGCGGCAAUUUGCUCACCUGCUCACGAAGAGAUACUUCAACUGGCUCCUGAAACAUCCACCACACAAGAGGUAGCCAUUGAAGGAUAUGCCUACACCGGUGGAGGUCGACGUAUUACUCGCGUUGAUAUCACCCUUGACGAUGGCAAAUCUUGGAAGCUCUGUGAUAUAAGGUACCCAGAGGACCUUUACCGAAUGUAUCCAAUCCACGACCACCCCUACUUUGGUAACAUCGACUUAAGCACGACUGAUAUGAGCUUUUCUUGGUGUUUCUGGAAGGUGGACGUUGAUGUCAAAUCCCUGCUAGGAGAUGGGGAUGCCGGGUUCGUCGCGGUGCGGGCAAUGGAUGAAGCUCUGAGCAUCAUGCCGCGGGACAUGUACUGGAACGCCACCUCCAUGAUGAACUCUUGGUGGUUUCGUGUUGCUGUCUACAGGGAAAACUCUGGACAGACCCUUCGAUUCGAACAUCCAACUGUGCCAGGCAACGCGGGCGGUGGCUGGAUGCAGCGUAUGAAGGAAGCCGGAGCGGAUCCGAGAUUCCCAAAUUUCGGAGAGAACAACGCUUCAUCCGCUGCUAUCACAACAGAUACACAUGGACCACGAGGAAACCUACCCAGCGAGGACAGUAAAAGCAUGAUGGUCAAUCCAGACAAAGCAUCAACAGUCAUUACAGCGUCUCAGCUCGCGGAGCAUGCCGACGGAGAGGGACCGUCUCCGUGGUUUGUCGUCGAAGGACAUGUGUAUGAUGGAACGCCCUUCCUUUUAACCCACCCUGGUGGAGAACAGUCCAUUCGCCUGGCUGCUGGUGAGGAUGCCACUGAAGAUUUUAUGGCUAUUCACUCAGUAGAUGCAAAGAAGAUGUUGAGAGAUUACCAUAUAGGAGUGUUGGAGCAUCCCACAGCACCGCCGAUACCUCCAAUAGCAAGAGCUGAGAAUCUGGAUGAUCCAUCGAAGCCAUUUCUCGAGCCGAAGGUAUGGAAGAAAGUCCAACUGGUCCAGAAGAGAACAAUCUCCCAUGAUUCACGAAUAUUCCGUCUCGCCUUGCCAAACGAAGAGCAACUUCUGGGCUUGCCAGUAGGACAGCACAUUUAUCUACGAAUCAAGAAAACCGACAAAGCAAGCGGAAAAGUUCAAAUCGUGCAGCGAGCGUAUACUCCGUAUAGCUGCAGCACCCAGCGCGGGUUUAUCGAUCUUCUGAUCAAAGUGUAUUUCCCGUCAGACAAGUCAUCGCAUGGCAGCGCUACUUUUAAUGGAGGCCAACUGACCAUGCUGCUGGAGAACAUGGCGAUCGACGGAAAUUCGGAUGAGACGACACUGGAGCUGAAAGGACCUGUUGGAUAUUUCACCUAUGCCGGCAAUGGUCAGAUUCAGUGGAGGUCGAACAACCGACUCCGCACUGUCAGAAGGUUGGCCAUGAUCGCUGGUGGCAGCGGUAUUACCCCUAUAUGGUCCACGUUGAAGGCUAUUUCAGACGAGUCAUCGUCCAGACAGGGCAACUCGGUCGAAGUAUGGCUCAUCUAUGGUAACAGACAGGAGAGUGAUAUACUAAUUCGUGACGAACUGGAUCAUAUCUCACGCUGUAUGAACGGAAAGCUGCAUAUAUGGUAUGUUCUGAGCUCUGACCAACUCGGUGCAGACUGGAGGAUGGGACGCGGACAUAUUGACUUGGAGUGUCUCCAACAACACCUUCCGCCACCGCCUUCUGUCCAGAUUGGCACAGACCUUGGGGAUACGCUGGCGUUAGUCUGUGGUCCCCCAGCUAUGGAAGCAAGCGUCUCGGCUGGACUGCAAAAGCUCGGAUGGAGUGUUGAGCAAAACAUUGUGUUCUUCUAG